AGAAGGGCUUACAUUCAUGCGAGGCGGUCGUGAGCUUUAGUUUAAGAAAUAGAGUCUGAGUCGUGGUCCUCUUAUUGGAUGAUGACGUUACAUCACUCUUUAAUGUGUUAGUUUAUGCAUGGCAAGUUUUUUGUUUGCAAAUGCAAAUUAUGCUAAGACGGUAGGAUCAUUUGCAUGAUAUUACUUCAUUUGUGAGGUCGAUGAUUUCUGCUCUUUUUUUUGACGUGUGCAGCCAGAGCAGAAACUUGACAAGUGAACCUUCACGUUUAACUGUCCAACAAAUGCGAGCUUCGACAGGAUUCUAUGUCUUGUCAAGAAUGAUUAUUCACAUCUUGCAUGCGGGGGGACGCAAUCCUUCGGGUUCCGAUAGACCCCACCAGUGGCCUAUCCGAAUUUAUGCUAUGCAAUGUCUAUGGUUUCACAUUUUGGUCUCAUAAAAGUUUAAGUCGAUUAAGUUCAAAGUCAGUACUAAAAAGUACAGUAUAUAUAAGUAUUUCAAAGUACUAGUAUUAAUCUAUCAAUUUCAUUAAUCUAUCAAUUUCCAAGAAAGUAGUAGAAGAGUUAGUCACUAGUUUCGUCUAGUAGUUCACGUGAUUUCGGAUCGUAAACAGACUGUGGGGUCGUGCGGUUCUCUCAGUAACGUCACAGUCCUAGAACUAUCUUUUCGUUUUCCAAAAAGUUUCCGAUCAAAGAUUUGAAAUUUUUGAAUGAACAAUCUCAUUCACUUAAUAUUCUAAUUUUUAGCCAUCUAUAUCUAGAUUUCAUCGCUUUUUGAGAGACAUGAGUCUGGAUUUGUGUGCAGCACGGUGAACGAGAUUUAAGUCGUGGGGUCAGCUUUAGUGCAGGACUAGCACGGUAAAGGCAACGAUAAAGAACAGCUUAGAUGAUGGCAUAGGAAGUAUGCUCGGCAAUCUUUGCAAUUUGAAAAU